AUUAUCAGUUAGGUAUGCAGAUAACCAGUACUGCUGGUUAAGUGAAUCUAGAACAAGCAUGACACAACAUUUGGAUAAAGUGGAGAAAGAAAUAAAGUGUGAAAAUGUCUGCCUAUGAAACUGUUGAAACUGUUUUGGGAUCUAAGCCAUUGUCUGAAAUUGGUAUAACACUAACACAUGAGCAUGUACAUCUUGAUUUUAAUGAGUUCUACGUUCCUCCACCAACAAAUUUACAGAGUUUUCUUGAUAACAAAAUCAAUCUGAAGAAUGUUGGAUAUAUUAAGCAAUAUCCAUACAGCAAUAAGUAUAAUUUGACAUUUAACGAUGUUGACUCUGCACAAGCUGUCAUAGAAGAUGUAAAAUUAUUCCGUACAUUUGGUGGUGGGACUAUUGUGGAGAAUAGCAACCAUGGUUUGAACCGCAAUAUUCCUUUAAUGAUAAAAAUUAGUGAAAAGACCGGAGUUAACAUCAUUGCUGGAACUGGAUAUUAUGUUGCCAAUGUACAAAAUGCAUCAACUCUCAAAACUACUGAAGAAGAAAUGUACAAUGUGAUGCACACUGAAUUGCAAAAAGGGUGCAUUGAUUAUCCUGAAAUAAAAGCAGGUUUUAUCGGAGAAGUUGGCAGUAGCUGGCCGAUUACAGAUUUCGAGAAACGUGCUAUUCGUGCGACUGGUCAGGUUCAGGAACAAUUACAUUGCUCAGUGAGCUUCCAUCCUGGAAGAAACAAAGCAGCACCUUCUGAAAUAAUACGACUCUAUCAAGAGGCUGGAGGGAAUGCUCGUAAAGCUAUCAUGUCUCACGUUGAACGUACAUUACCCGAUGCGGAAGCGAUAAUAGAAUUCGUUAAGGCUGUCGCAUGUUAUUGCCAGUUUGAUCUCUUUGGUACGGAGUGUUCUUUUUAUCAACUUAACCCGAUGUUUGAUAUGCCAUCAGAUGCUCAGCGCAUAAAAUAUAUCGCGCGAUUAAAGGAGGAAAAGCAGCUGCAUCGAGUGCUCUUAAGUCACGAUAUUCACACUAAGCAUAGACUGACAACAUUCGGCGGUCAUGGGUAUUCACAUAUUGUGAGUAACAUUGUACCGAUCUUAAAAAAUAAGCACUUUACAACGGAAGAGAUCGAAUUGCUAACAGUAGAAAAUCCCAGAACGUGGCUUAACCAGCGUUUAUAAGCGAAUGCUUCGAACCGGAACACGUGGACGACGAUGAGUGAUCAAAAGAGACGGCGAAACAUGGUAAAAAAUAUGAUUUUGUUUAAAUAUUCCACUGAAAGAUUUAUAUAUUACAACAUUAUACAUAUAACAUUGUUUUAUAUUAUUAAUCUUUGCUGUUUAUACAUAUUGGCAGCGCCAAUAAAUUUACAAGUUGCGUAAUAAAAUAUCUAACAAAAUAACUACAGCAGUCUGUCAUAUCAUUGUCGUUUUAAUUACUACAUUCGUAU